AUGGCUUCUUUUAAGGACACCUUCGGCGACUUCUCCGCGACAAUUCACGGCGUUAUUGUCUCAACAAUUCUCAUCCCAGGAGCGUUGACGGCACUCAUAGCCGGCGCUUUAGCCCAUCGCUUCGGACAAGUGAGACUUAUCGCUAUCGGUUCAAUCAUAUUUGGUGUCGGUGCUGCUAUUGAGUGUGGCGCUCCUUAUCUCGGUGUCUUCAUCCUGGGUCGGCUCAUCAAAGGCAUGGGCGAAGGCCUCUUUCUGAGCAAUGUCUACGUGCAAGUUUCAGAAAUGUCCCCAUCGAGAGUAAGAGGCAUCAUGACUGCACUCCCCCAGGUUGGUAUCACCUCUGGUAUUGUGACGGGGUACUUCACCUGCUACGGAACAUCACGACUUGGCAGCUCGUCUAUCACAUGGCGUCUACCUCUCGCCAUUGUUGCAUUUCUCGGCGUUCUUCUGUCGAUGGUGGCUUUCAUUGUACCACCGUCUCCGCGCUGGCUUCUCUCAAAGGGACGAACGGACGAAGCUCGAACGGUGUGCCGAAAGCUUGGUAUUGACGAAGCUGAAGAGAAAGAGCUGCUCGCUCAGAUACAGGAUACUGCUGGUGGUUUAGAUGGUGAGACAUCUCUCUGGCACGAGAUUCGACAAACUUUCCGAGAUUUCAGAUGCGCGUUCUCGGCACCAUAUCGCGGAAGAACAGCUUUUGCCUGCUUCCUUAUGGGAAUGCAGCAACUUAGCGGCAUCGAUGGCGUUCUGUACUAUGCCCCCAUUCUUUUCACAAAAGCAGGUCUCAGCGGUGAAAAAGCAUCGUUCCUGGCAUCUGGAGUUUCUGCCAUCGUCCUUCUCGUUGCCACAUUUCCCGCGACAAUCUUCGCGGAUCAGUGGGGUCGGCGAAUGCAAAGCAUCUUAGGUGGUGUCCUCAUAGUCGGCUUAAUGGUGAUCAUGGGAUCACUGUAUGCAUCUGGGCAAGUUCAUCCAGACCACGGUGCUGGAAGAUGGGUUGUCAUUGUUUGCAUCUAUCUCUUCGCCAUUUCAUUCAACCUCACUUGGGCCAUUGGCUUCCGAACGUGGGUUGUUGAGAGUAUGCCAAGACGAACGAGAAGCAGUGCUUCGAGUCUUGCGCAGAGCUCGAACUGGACUGUCAACUACAUCGUCGCUCUCGUGACACCAGUGUUGCUUGAUGAGUCUUCUUUUGGUGCGUACUAUCUCUUUGCCGGAUGUAGUCUGGCGACGACUGUUAUGGUCAUUCUUUUUAUGGGUGAGACAAAAGGUUACAGCUUGGAGGAGAUCGAGAAAAGGCACGGGGAAACGAGGGAAAAGAAAAUCCCAUUUAACCUUUGA